AUGACAACCAAUGCAGACGAUUCACUCCGGCGUCGCCGCGAACGGGGCCGUCGGUCCCAAGCCGGCUUCCGCAAGCGCCAAGCCGAGUCCUACCAGCAGAUGCGGGAGGAGAACGAGCGACUGAAAAGCGCGAUUGAGAAACUCGUCAGCUCCAUGCGGGGUGACGAGGACCCGGAGCUGCUAGAGACGAUCUGCGAUGUCGCCGAGGCGGCAGGCAUCGAGGCCGCUCACAGACCUACUACGCAGAGUGACAUGGUCCAGCUACGGCCGCGACAUGUGGACCCAAGGAGUCAAGGCAAGGUGCUCAUGACGGCUCCCAGAGGCGACGAGGACAUAACCAUCACGGCCGCGACGGGGGAGUACACCGUCAGAGCAGCCGACGAACUCCCAGCCGCCACCACCAUUACCGACAACGCAGACUCACCCUUAUCCUCACCCUCAUCCUCCCCACCCACAACCACAACCUCCACCUCCACCUCCCCGCCCCUCCUGACGUGCGGCAUAUGGUUCGACCACCUGCACUAUAUGCGCAUCACAAUCCCUCCCGACGACAUCCUGCCCUACCUAGGCGCCGGCGCCCAGACCUUCGCGGGCGUGCUCUUCUGGUCGCUGAUGGACCUCGCGCAGAAGGGGUUCGUCUCGGACGACGCCGCCGCCGCCCGGACCAACGCCGUCGUCGUGCGCCGGGGCCUGGGCCACGCCGAGGCGACGGCGGGCUGGGAGGUGCGGCACGUGCGGGCCAUGGUCGAGUCGCGCCAAGAGUACAAGCGCACGGGAUCCAUCAGUCCGCGGUACGCGGCCGUGGCCGAGCCGGACCUGGGCAUCGCGGUGCGCGACGCCAUCAGCGCCGAGUACCGCGGCCGCGGGCUCGACCCGGACCGGUUCGUGUCAACGCUGGGGGUCGAGAAGCGGGUCCGGGGCAUGGUUGGGGGCCGCACGUUUGCCGUCUUGGAGGCGGCGGCGCGCGGAGGGGUCGAUCCCGCGCUGUGCAGGUUGUUCGAGAGGGAUGUCAAGGGCAGGCUUUAUGAGACGGCUAUCUGCUUUGGGGAUGGGCCGCGGUGGAGUGUCGAUAUUGUGGAUGGGAUUUUCCUUAGUUGGUUUCAUCAGUCUCUGGGGUUUACUUUCCCAUGA